AAGCCGCUACCGCUUCGUUCGCUCUUGAUACCCAGAGUGAUCAUAGCUGCUGGAAAUUAUGCUGCUUUGUCAUUCCUUGACAUCGCAUUUCGUGCCGUCCAACCUGUGUUCUUCGCCACACCACUAGAGCUUGGUGGGCUGGGAUUAGAUCCCCCACGCAUCGGCAAUAUUCUAGCUAUCUAUGGUGUGAUCAACGGCUUGUUCCAGAUCUUUUUCUUCGCCGACCUC